GCCCUGGUUUUGCAUACUGCUAUCUCUAAUUGCUUGUUUUCAAUUCUUUGCUAAUUUAUUAUUCUCAUUUGUUUACGAAAAGUUAUUAGUCUGUACAUAUCAAACCCCAACACUACAUUUUUGAAGUUAAUAAUUAAUUUUCCAACUGAUUUAGAAAUUAGUUACAACAAUGGAGCAAAAAUUUGGUGACAAGUUAGGCUCGUUAGAUUUAACUGAUGAUGAGAUCAAGAGACUUGGUGAAUGCAUGAAAGAUGAUAAGUUUAUGGAUCUUCUCCGCGAUUAUACAAUGGCAAUUAGUGAUCCAGAAAACAAAAAGAAGUAUGAAGAGGAAAUAGCAAUGCUUGAAAUUGAAAGAGGAAACGAUGUCAAGUUUAUCCAUCCUUGUCCUGGUCAUGUGCUGAAAACAAGCAGAAAUGGAGAAGAUAAAUGCUUUAUCAAUAUAUGUUCAAGUCCAAAAGUCGGGAAACCAGUCAGUAAAGCAACAGUUCAAGGUGCUACUCGUGGCAUGCAAUGGUCUAUUCCUCAUAGUCUAUCACAACCAAGAGAAGACAAGGAUAAAGCUGGAGGGAAUUGUUUUGUGUAUGAUGUUGUCUUUCAUCCUGAUACUUAUCAUAUGUCAGAGAAAAAUACAAGAUUCAGAAAAAUGAUUCAUGACAUGGCGCUUGAUGCGGUUGAACGUCUUUUCAGUGUGACGUUGGACAAAAUUAAUGUCAAAAAGCCAAAAAUGAAGUUCAAAGGACUACCUCAAGCUUCAAUAAUAAGAACUCCGAGGGAGGAUACAAGAGAGCUUGAUGCCAAAAUUGAUGACCCAGAUGAUCCUCUUAAAGUUCCAUAUCCUCCUACGCCAAAUGGUCAUGCACAAAAAGACACUGGAGCAUCUACUAAAGCAAAAGAAAAUACUUCUGAAACUCCAAAAACACAGUCAAACAAUAAAUUAGACCACAAAUUAUUUAGGGAAGGACAAUCAGAUAUUCUUCCCAUUGUUUCGAGUGUUGUUGAAAUUCAAAAAGAGGAAUAUGUGGAGCCUAAAUACACUAUCGCACAUCGAGGAUAUUUUGAAAUGAGUGAUUAUUACAAUGUCAAUGAAAAUAAAGUGCAUUCUACUCGUCCCCGUGAGAUUAUUAUGAACAUAGAGUUGCCUAUGCUGAAAGCAGCUUCUGCUUUGCAUCUCGAAAUAUUUGAGGAUAGGAUUUUCUUGGAAUGUGCCAAACCAGUCAAAUAUAAAUUGAGCUUGAACCUUCCCUAUGGAGUGGAUGACAGCAAAGGUCAUGCCAGAUUUGAUAAAAGCAAGCGGCGCUUAACAAUCACACUUGAAGUUCUUCCACCAAAAAGAUUGCAACUUCCUGCAAUAGUUUCACAGGAUGAAAAUGCUUGCGGUUCUUGUUUCCAGAAAGAAGGGGAAAGCAAAUCUGAACCAAAGAAAGAACAAAAUGAAGACCCUUCUGAGAAUGAUUUGCUACCAUCUGACCAUCCAAGUGGUCUAGUUCAUGGACGUACACAAUGUAGGCAUCAAAAUCAUGGGGAGCUGUGGGAUGUUAAAUAUGAAAAUGACUGGAACAAAGAGACUGACCUGGGAAUGCUUUCUAACCCUUCACCAUUCUUAGUUGAAAAAUUAUUAAAUUAUGAAAUGGGAAAAAAGAAACCGAAAUAUGUGAAAGUACGUCCACAAAUUUUUUAUCACCAAGAUGAAGCUUAUGUAACCAUAAUUGUGAAUAUUAAACUUAUCGAUUCAAAGAAAUUGUGGUACGUUUUGCAACACAAUUGCCUUCAGUUUUCCUGCAUGACAGACACCGAUGAAUUCAGCCCAGAUUCAACUCGUAACAUAUAUCAGUUCAUGCUAAGUUUCAAUGAAAAUGAUUUUGUCGACCCAAGACGAUCUCGAGUAGAUAUUUCUUCUGAAAAUGCAGUAUUUUUACUCAGAAAGCAUCUCAUUAGUUGGCAUGAAUGGCAAACAGUGAAAAUGGGAUUUGAUUCUACUAUGUUGAAAACAAUCUCAUUUGCAACUGAACAAAAUAUUAACGACCUCAUUACAUCAGUUGAAUCUCAAGUACAGAACAACCGAACCAGAGAGUUUGAGUGUGAAAAUAUUUCUGAUGGACAGAAUUCAGAGCUACUUGCGUUGAAAUUACUCCCUAAAGAGAUAACCGAUGAAGAGCGAUUGCCCGGAGCAGAAGACGUGGUCGAAGAACAGAAUGUAGGUCACUUACCUGGACUUGAACCCGAUCUCGUAGAGGCUCGUAAAGAUAGAGAUGAAAAAAAGAAACGCUCAAUAAGGAUCGAUCAUGAAAGAGUUAUGUCAAAGACUUUAAACCUUGCCGGAAGCCAUUUUGAAGUAGAAACGGAUGAAGAUGAUGAUUCUGAUACUUAUGAAACGGCUGAUUCUUCAUCUGAAGAGGAGAAGAUACUUCGUUUUCGGAGAACUCGAAAUGAUUCUACUAGUCAUGAGAAUGCAACUCGGAAAAAAGACUCUCAAAGCAAAGAAAAAGUGGAAGAGGAGAAAGAUGAAUGCUUUGAGGAGGUGUUGGCAAAAAUCAAUGCAAACGCUUUUCAGAAACUCAAUAAAAUGCAAGAAGAUGCCAGAAAAAGAAAUGAAACUAUAAUUUUCCGUGAAUUUAAGAGAGGAGGUGGGGAGGAAAAAAAGACAUUUACAAAUCACUCUACUCGAACUAGAAUUCGUCUCAAUAAUGAAAUGCUGUUUGAAACUGAUUAAUUUGUGUUUAUUUUUGUGGCUUUUUGGUGCCUGUUAAUAAUACAAGUAGUGUGAUUUAUUACUUGUUGUGGAAUUUGUCAUGUCUGAAAUUGUUAAUGUAGAAAAACAACAUUUGCAUAUGAUCACAGUUCGCUGUUGAAUUUUAUAAUCAUCAUUUUGAAUGAUAAACAAUCUGGCUUUGCUCAUCUUUGGAUCUUACCUGAUUAAAUUUGUGUCUAUAUGUUUCUGUUGUGCAUCAAAAAAUUGUCUUGUUUGCAUUUUUGCUAACAUUAAUUUUGAAUUUAUAUAAAUGCAAGUGUUCUAUUAGCAUUUCAAAAAUGUAGUUGAAAGAUAAUGAAAUGUAACCUGUUUAAGUCUGUUUAUAAUUCAACUUCUUUGUGUGAUAUUUUCUUCUUGCCUUUUGCUCAUAAUCUAUAAGCUUAGGUGGGAAUUUUGGUUUAUUGGUUUCGACUAUAUAGUAGUUAUUUGAACCUGUGUACACUGUAUUUCUAUUUAUUUUUAG